AUGAAGUGUUCCUUGGAAGGUGGAAAUGCUAGAGUCAUUGCAAAGGCAAUACAAUCUUUGGCCAAAUUUGGAUCAGAUUUAUAUUUGGAAGCCGAUCAAAAUGGACUACAGUUGCGAACGUUUAAUGUCUCGAAAUCGGCUAUGGGCACAUUUCGUUUUAAUCGCAUUUUCUUUGAACAUUUCAAUGCCGAGGAUGGAAGCUAUUGUAAAAUCACAAUGAAGGCGAUAUUGGCGGUAUUUAAGAAUAUGAAACAAGUGGAACGUUGUGAAAUACGACUGCUAAGCGAACAAUCAAAACUGCAGGUUCAGUUUAAAUGCCGUCUGGAAACAAUGAAAAAUGUCCUUAUAUCCAUUGUGGAUGAGGAGAAUGUUACAGCGGCCGUGUCAUUGGAGGAUACAUCAAAUGUAAUUAUCGGUUCCUAUAAGGUCUUCAAUGACAUAUCGAAUAAUUUCAAUGCUGCCGAGGUGGAAAUGACCCUGGAAGCAAUGGGUAAUGGUUUGACGGCAAAAAAUUACAUCGAAGGUGCAAGGGUCAAUGACAAAUUUAUGCGUUCCCAAUUGAAAUUAAGCCCUUCCGAAUUCGAAAGCUAUAAUAUCCACGAAGAAUCGGCAGUGACAUUUAGCCUAAAGGAAUUCAGAUCAUUUUUAUCGUUUGCCGAAAGUAUUGGUGAAUCGUUGACGUUAAAUUUUAAUGAGGCUGGUGGUCCGAUUUUUAUUACAAUUACAAAACCAGAUCUCAUUGAGUGUACACUGGUCAUGACCACCGUUUACACCGAUGAUGUUAGCAUGUAUGAAGAGUGCCGAGAAUCUGAGGUCAAAGAAGCCAGUACAAAUCGUAGUUUCGCAACCGCGGCAGCCCACAAACGCAAACACAGUACCGCCAAAGUUAUGGACAAAGAUCGCAGUAGCAAAAAGCGACUAUCAGAAGAGACAACACUUAGUAAUAAUUCAACAUUAUUUCAAUUUAAUACAGACCAAAAUAACACCACACUACAGUCGGUAGAUAUGGCAAGAAAUCUAACGCUAGAAGAUGAUCAGGAUGAUUUACUUUUAGCAGCGGCCGUGGCAGAAGAUAAUAAUGCAUUGCUGCAUACGAGCAGUUUGCCAACGCUACGAGAGCCUAGUGAAGUCUAUGUGACAUUUGCCAGUACGGAAACAGAUAAAAAUAACGAUAAACAUAAGUCCGAUGAUGAGGACGAUGACGAUACAAUACCGCAAUCACCGCAACGUGAACAUGUUCCCAAAUUACGUUCAAUAUUUUCACGAUGCUUUGAAUCCACGUACAUACCCAAAGAACCUUCACCGAAUAGUCAGGUAUAUGUACCAAAUUCCGAUACUGAAGACUAA